UUUCUUAUUUCUCACUCCGGGCUCCGAACUCCUCCACGCGACCACAUCCACUCCAUCACCGGGCACCGGUGAAAUGUAACACCGUCUCCCCCUGGUGCUAUCCGUUGUUCUUGUAUUGCUCUUAAGUUUGAUAUUGUGAACCUGCAUAUGGACAGCUCUGAAGUUUAUUAAGAGUAAGUAUUUCACUGAAUGGGAACUUCUGAUGAAAAUAAGGACUCCAAGAAAAUAGCUUUUGUCACUGUUGGAACUACUUUGUUUGAUGCUCUUGUUAGAGCAGUGGAUACUCCAGAAGUCAAGCAAGAGUUAUAUGCAAAAGGGUUUACUCACCUUUUAAUUCAAAUUGGUCGUGGAUCCUACAUCCCUGACAAGUCCAUUGGUGGUGAUGGGUCUCUAGCUGUUGAGUAUUUCACAUUUUCAUCAAGCAUUGCAGAGAGCUUGAGAUCAUCUUCUCUUGUUAUAAGUCACGCAGGAUCAGGCAGUAUCUUUGAGACAUUGCGGUUGGGCAAGCCAUUAGUUGUGGUGGUGAAUGAGGAUUUAAUGGACAAUCAUCAAGUUGAAUUGGCGGAAGAAUUAGCAGAGAGGAAACAUUUGUUUUGUGCGCGUCCCCAAACCCUUCACAAGACUCUUGCUAGUAUGAAUGUAGAUUCUCUUCUGCCUUAUCCUUCAGGUGAUGCUAAACCUGUUGCAAAGCUUAUAAACGAGUUCCUUGGUUUCCCAGAAGAUUAACAAACUCAUACUUUUUCUUUCAAAGUCUAUUCUUUCUCUUUUUCUUUUUUGGUGAAAUUAAAACAGAUGCAAUCUAUGUAUCCUUUUAAUGGUGCUUGUGAGUUAUUACGGCCUGUUUAGUUUGUGGUACUAAAUGAUGGUAAUGAGAAUGAUUAUAGUGUAAAAUUUCAUCAAAAGUUUCAUGUCAUUUCCAUGGUAAUGAAACCUUGAUCACAAAAAAGUUUUUUUGUUUACAAAUUUCUAUUACCACCUAGUACCACAUCUCCCGAUGGUAAUGCGUUGGAAUGAAAUUUAUGAAGAAAAUGAGAUAAUUGAAGUUGGACAAACAUGACCAUCAAGGUAGCAAGAAAUUUUUCAACUAAAAUUACACUAGUUUUCAUUCUCAUUACCACCAUUUAAUACUACCUACAAAAGGAACAGUUAGUACUUUCCUUUGUAUUCACCGCUUCUACGAGUAAAUACAGUUCCACACUUGGGUGAUGUUCGGUUUGCAAUAAACAGCGAUCGAAAUAGUCUCAUAUAAGUGAACGAGUUACAAUAUGUUUUCUGAUUAAUACUGGUAACAGUUACUGUUUGAUGCAGUUAACCAAUACCUCUCAUAUGUUACAAUUCCUCCAAUGGUGGUAAUACUAAGCGUUUCCGACUUGUCUUAUCUUUUCUGUAGGAUACUCUGUUUUCAUUCUUGUGAACACUUAUUUAAGAUCACUUUUGUAGAUAUUCUA